AUGAAGGCUGCCGUUCUCUCUAGCCUGUUGGCCUUCUCGGCCCAGACUGCUUAUGCCCAGGUCAAGGGCACUCCUCAGGGCUUCGCGGCCGGAACUACCGGUGGUGGCGAUGCUACUGCUGCCACUCCAUCCAGUAUCGAGGAACUUACCCAGUGGAUCACCGACGACACUCCCCGUACCAUCCUGAUCGACCGCACCUGGGACUUCGCCGGCACCGAGGGCACUACCUCCGGGCAGUGCUGCAGCACCAGAACCACUACCUGCGAGGGCGGCACCUCCAAGGGCCAGGCUUGGAUCCAGGACAGCUGCGACGACGGCACCUGGGUGUCUUGCACGUACGACAACGCCGCUCGUUCGCCCCUGGACAUCGGCUCCAACAAGAGCAUUGUCGGCGUUGGCAGCGGCGCUGUGCUCAAGGGCAAGGGACUCCGUGUUCGUGGUGGUAACAAGAAUGUGAUCAUCCAGAACAUUCACAUCACGAACUUGAACCCCCAGUACGUCUGGGGCGGAGACGCCUUGACCCUCGACGGAGCAGACCAGGUCUGGAUUGACCACAACAAGUUCUCCCUGACGGGCCGCCAACACAUCGUCAGCGGCUGGGGCCAAGCCGGACGGGUCACGAUCUCAAACAACGAGUUCGACGGCCGCAGCGAGUGGUCCGCCGGGUGCAACGGCAAGCACUACUGGACGAUGCUCCUGAUCGGCGAGAACGACCAGUACACGUUCUCCGGAAACUGGGUGCACGACGUCUCCGGCCGCGCUCCCCACAUGGGCACCGACAACACCGACUCCCAGAUCUUCUUCCACGGCGUGAACAACUACUUCCAGGACAUCGGCGGACACUCGUUCGACAUCGACACCAACACCCACGUCCUGCUGGAGGGCAACUACUUCGAUAACGUCGACACUCCCUUAACGCAAACUUCGCUGGAGAGUGGCGCGCUGAUUUACAACGUUCCGACUGUGGACUCGGCCAGUGCCUGUACCUCGGACCUGGGAUAUAUCUGUGAAUGGAACCGUCUGAGUAACUCGGGCGAGUGGACGUCGAAGACUGAUCAGGCGGUUCUGAGCAAGGCCGCGGAGUUUAAGGAUUCUUUGAUCGACCAUAUUGGUGUGGCGGAUGUGCCGGCGACUGUUAAGGCCAAUGCUGGUGUUGGCAAGAUCUGA